UGACUACCAUCACCAUGAUUGCAAAAAACCAGUUGUCUGCGGACACUGUCGAGCUGCAAAUCAAGCCGAUACAAAUUUAUCAGCGGCGCAGGAUUUCUCUAAGAUGACUGAUGCGAUUGGAAGGAAGACUUAUACCUUUGAAACCCCAUUAGGAGGAGACAAAAAAAACGCGUCUGUUAUGGGAAAUGUUUGUGUUGACCUAGCACUCUGUUGGGAUCCUACUUGCAAACCGAAAGGGAAGCAAAAUAAAGAAUUGUUUGGAGGUAGCAUAGCCCAAAGAGGACCUUUCCCUCUUGAUUUUGAUUUAAACGUUGAUAUUCCACCACUUCCUUUCGUCAAACUUGAUCACGUAUUUGAUGACGAUUCUGUUUGUGAAACAUGUGUGUAUAGCGAAAGUACAGACACGGCCAAUUUCAAGGGUGAAGAAAAACUGGAAGCACCGUACAGACAUUUAUAUAGCUAUCCCCAAUCAAAUGCUGACGAACCGCAAUCAAAUGCCGAUGAAGACAGCGUAAUAAUAAGGGAAACAGAAGAUGCCGCAACAGAGACAAAAGAAGCGAGAUUGGUAGACACUUCAACGUCACCCGACUACAUGGAGGAGGAAGAAGAAGAACCGAUCAUAGAGGUAGACGUUCCAACUGACGAGAAAGCUCUGCAGGUUGAUAUUGAGGAGGAAGAAAGGAAAGCCAAAGAACUGAUAAACAAUGCAAAGCCCAAAAAAUCUCCCUUAAAAAAAAUCCUGUGCUGUGGAUCAAAAAAAGGAGGCAAAUAACUGAUACAUACAUUACAAAU